UGGAACCGCCUUUUUCAACGCACUGACGACUUUCCUUCAUUUGAGCCCUAUGCGCUUUUUAAAAGGGUUAAAAGUUGUAGAGUAGUUCGGGAAGCAGUUGCGACUCCAGCAGUGCGCAAUGCUCUCUCAUGCCGACCUCUUGGAUACUCGCCUCGGUGAGUUAUCGUCACCAAACUCCGGUCUUCAGCUCCACUGGAUGAAGGAUGCUGCAGCCGAGCUUCUCGGACACCGAGAGGCUUUGAAAUGCAGACUAGGGGGGACUGACUCUGGACAUCCCGGCGAUCUUACUUCUGCUACAGAGACUGUAGAAGGGACCACUCUGCUCCCCGGGGAAGAUAUAAGCAAUGGUGGAUCCAAUCCUACUGGAAUGCAGCAGGUCAACGCCAAAGACCAAGAAAAGCAGCAACAGCAAGUCUCUAAUAAUCAGUCGGGUGGCCAGCAAAACCAACAGAAACAGAAACGCCACAGGACCCGCUUUACUCCAGCGCAGCUGAACGAACUGGAAAGGAGCUUUGCUAAAACCCACUACCCUGAUAUCUUCAUGAGAGAGGAACUUGCAUUACGGAUUGGUUUAACGGAGUCACGGGUUCAGGUAUGGUUCCAGAAUCGACGUGCAAAAUGGAAGAAGCGCAAGAAGACAACCAACGUUUUCCGGGCGCCGGGUACUUUGCUGCCAACACACGGUUUGCCUCACUUUCCGUCUGCGGCCGCGAUGGGCGACGGUCUUUGCUCUUUUCAUGCCAACGACACGCGCUGGGCCGCGGCGGGGAUGCCCGGAGUCUCACAGCUGCAGAUACCGCCUGCGCUGGGCCGACAGCAGGCGAUGGCACAGUCCCUGUCCCAGUGCAGUCUCGGAGCUGGCCCCCCACCAAACUCCAUGGGCCUUUCCAGCAGCUUAUCGUCAAAUGGUUCCGGUCUUCAAUCGCAUCUGUAUCAACCCACAUUUCCAGGGAUGGUGCCUGCUUCCCUCUCGGGUCCCACGAAUGUGAGCGGCUCACCUCAGCUGUGUAGCUCCCCGGACAGUGACAUGUGGAGAGGGACUAGUAUCGCUUCCCUGCGCCGUAAAGCACUUGAGCACACCGUUUCGAUGAGUUUCACCUAAUUUGAGCAUCCAAGAAGUCUUUUCUGUCACUGCAAACCCCAAGUAUUCCUGAAAAACAGUCACGGAGCACUCAGGAUAUGAGGUUAUAACUGUGAAAUUACAAAUUGGCAGCCUUACUGGAUGAUGGAAUCCCAACAAACCCCAGACAAUGCUUAGAUACAGCAGAUUUAGAAUGUAGUGAUAGUUUUAAUGCUUGAAAUUUAUUUAUUUUAUUCAUGUGUUGGAUUCGGUCAUGUUUAUUUGUUUAUUUUGUUUACAUAGCUAUUGAUUUUAAUGAUGGCGAGUUAUUUAUUUAUUUAUGAGUAUUUAUUUGUCUCUUCGUUCACAUAUGAAGAAAACAUCUGCAAGCAUUAUUUGUUUCGCUGGUCGGUGAUAUUAUUUUUUAACUAAACUAAAUGUAAAAGGAUACGUUAAUAAGGACCACAUGUGUGCAUGUACAGAUUGUUUUAAGGCACGUACUACAUGUUGGAGUGAUUUUUCAGGUACAGAACUUAACAGAUUGGAUUAAGAGCCAAUUUCCAAAUAAUCAGAUUCAGAUGCAUGUAAUAUUUCAACCGGGAUCAUCAGGAAGUUGUUUACAUAAAGCAAAAUGAACUUGAGUGUUUGUGUAGAUAAGAAAAAAGAAAAAAUCUUGUUAUCUGCUGGUAUGUUUGUGAUAUGUUUUAACUUAUUGUAUGUGCUUAUUACUGGAAUAUGUUUUUUGUAAAUGUUUAUCUUACCAAAUUCAACAGAAUUGGGAAGGUUUAUGUAAGUGGGUGAAUAAAAUCAUUUUAAGAAUUUAAACAUGGUGAUCUCUAUAGAAAUACAAAGGAUUUUUGAAAUACAGCAAGUAAAUAUAGAGGGUACCGUACAGUAUGUUGCCAGAUGAUUCAAGAAUGACGAGUCAAUAUGUAUUUUUAAAGAUGAAUGAGAAAGAAACAAAAAUUAUAGGUCAAAAUGAAAAAUUGUCCACAUAUUUUAGAGUUAUUGACAUAUGUUGGAAUUCAAACAAAUGUUUGUCUGAAGUGAACUUAUAAUUUAGCAGACACUUUUUUUUCUCCCUAAAGCAACAUUCUGGAAGGUAAUGCUAAAUAGGGAUGCUCAACAAUGUUUCAGUACA